UCUUCUUCUCUCCCUCCAGCACACAGUUCCAAGCAGUAGCAACAAUGUCAGAAAGCAUGUCAUUCCACGCAGGAGGACUGUUCGCGACCAGGGUCCCAUACAACCCAGAGACUUGUGUUGGUCUCAAGGCAGCCCUCGUGGAGCCCGCGUCGGCGCAUCUCCAUGUGGCCGAGCCCGUUCGCCGCAGUGCCCGCAGCAUCACCAUGGCGACGAUGAGAACCGACCGAUGCAGCAAUGGCUGCACUUGCAAUACCCCCUUCUGCAUGAUGACCACCACCCCUUCCUGCGUCGACGAUUAUUCUCUCUUAUUUUGCAAGCUCUGCGACCGCCGCAUGGAUGACUGCACCAUCUACAUGUACAUGAGCAUGGGGUUCUGCACGGAAGAGUGCAGGAAUGAGUAUUUCCUGGAGUACAGGUAUAGGGUCGCCAUGGCCAUGGAGGCCGAGAGCAGGAGGACCAGGAGCGAGGCAAGGAAGAAGGCGCCGGUGGCGGAAGGUGAAGCAGCUAUCGGCUACAGGAGCAUCUUCUUCACUUGUACCGAGGUCGAGUCGUUCCUUUAGGCUUAGCUUGAAACAACCAUAUCAGCUUGUUGCAAGCUAAUAAAGUGCCAGCUCUAGUCAAAUUUCUGUGACCUCAUGUAAAACGAGUUCGGUGAGAUUUAAUG